CUGCAGAGCUACUUUGCCGCCUGCGAGGACGAGACCCCCGCCAUCCGAAACCACGACACGGUCCUGCAGCGUCUCUGCGAACACCUGGACCACGCCCUGCUUUACGGACUGCAAGACCUUCCUUCGGGCUACUGGGUCUUGGCGCUCCACUUCACCCGCCGAGAGGCCAUCGAACAGAUAGAACUGCUGGAGCACGUGACCACCAAUUUGGGGCGCAGCCGAGCGUGGCUGUACCUGGCCUUGAACGAGAACUCCCUGGAGAGCUACCUCCGCCUCUUCCAGGAGAACCUGCCUUUGCUGCAUAAGCAUUACGUCAAAAAUGCCCUGGUCUGCAGCCAUGACCACCUGACCCUCUUCCUCACCCUGGUGGCGGGCCUGGAGUUUAUCCGAUUUGACCUGGACCUGGAUGCCCCUUACCUGGACUUGGCUCCCUACAUGCCAGAUUACUACAAGCCCCAGUACCUGCUGGAUUUUGAGGACCGGCUGCCCAGCUCCGUCCAUGGGUCCGACAGCCUCUCCCUCAACUCCUUCAACUCGGUGACAUCCACCAACUUGGAGUGGGACGACAGUGCCAUCGCCCCCUCCAGUGAGGAUUAUGAUUUUGGAGAAGUCUUCCCUGCAGUGCCGUCCAUGCCUACCACAGCAUGGGAAGGUUGGCUAAAAAGAAGAAAACAGGCAAGAAGAAGAAAGUGAAAUCGGAGGAGGCCUCUGUCCCCUCCUUCCCUGCUCCAGCUGGAGACCAGGCGGUGAACCAGGAGGCCGGGCGGCCAUGGACCACCCCAGAGUCCAACCUGACGGUCAGCACCGAAGCGCCGGCCCUCUGCCAGCUGGGGCUCCAGAUCCCCGAAAUGAAGGACACGGCUAUGGAACGGGUGGGGCAGGAACUCAGCAAGGUGAUCGACUCGCUGGAGGCGGCCGACGGGUGGAGCCACCCCCUGGAUCCCCCAGACCAGUCCUUUCGGACCGACUUGCCAGGGGACCCCCCUUCGGAAGGGCCAUCCCUUGGCAGCUUUGGUCAGGGUCUGCCGGCCCCCAUGGACUUCUACCGCUUUACCGUUGAGAGUCCAAACACUCCUGCAACAGGUGGUGGCCACCAUGACUCUGCAGGGCAUGGUCAACCGGCACAUGUUUUUGGUAGCCCUGAAGCUCCUGAACAAGAGGAAGAAAGAGGAGGAGAGGGGGAGGCUGCUGGGCCAGCCGUAGCCAGCUCGCCGGGAGAAGUGGUGGAGACGGCCAGUGCGGCGGCCCUCAGCAGGCUGAAGGAGGAUCGGGCGAGCCCUUCUCUGAGCAGCGCCGAGGACUCAGGGGUGGAGGAAGGGCAGGGCAGUCCGUCGGAGGCUGCCCAUCCCUCGGAGUUCAG